GGAGAAAAAGCGCUGGAUUUUUUUUUUCUGCACGUUUUCCUCCAUUAGUUUACAAGUGUACGAAGUGUACACACUGCCAUCACAGCUUUCUUUGCUUGCUUUCCACGUCGCCGAUUACACAUCAUCUUUAACCAUCUCAAUCUUUCCAGUCCUCCACCAACUGUCUAUCCACAUUUCGGUAUUACAAGAUGGGCAAGUCCCGCAAGAACAGAGUCCGGCCCAAUCGCGCCGACCCUAUCGCGAAGCCUGUGAAGCCCCCGUCGGAUCCCGAGCUCGCUUCCUUGCGCGAAAGCCGCAUUCUCCCCGUCGUCAAGGACCUACAGAGCCCCGAUAUUAAGUCUCGCACAGCCGCUGCUGGUGCCAUCGCAAACAUCGUCCAGGACACCAAGUGCAGAAAGCUUCUGCUCCGUGAACAGAUCGUCCCUAUCGUGCUUACCGAGACCCUUACCGACAACAGCAUCGAUAGCCGCGCCGCCGGCUGGGAGAUUCUCAAGGUUCUCGUUCAGGAGGAGGAGAGCGACUUCUGCGUUCACCUCUACAGACUCGACAUCCUAACCGCCAUCGAACAUGCCGCCAAGGCCCUCAACGAAACGCUUGCCUCAACCGAGCCACCCUUUGCGAAACUCACCAAAGGCCAGCAACGCAUCGUAUGGGACAUGAGCCAUUCCCUCCUCGUCCUUCUUAGCUCCCUCGCCCUUGCUCGCGAUGAGAUUCUUGAGGCCAUUGUUGCCAAUCAGAACGUCGUUCGCUUCCUCUUCCGCAUCGUCGCCACCGAGGCCGUUCCCCAAGCCGCCUUCGAGGAGACUCUCUCCUGCCUCAUGACGCUUUCCGAAGACAAUUUACCACUCGGCCAAGCCAUCACCGACGACCAAGAGACCCGAUGCUACGACAAACUCCUUGAGCUUGUCGCUGCUGGCGGUCCCCGCUCCGUGUUCGUUUGCGGAGUCCUUCACAAUGUGUUUGCGUCGCUUCAGUGGUUGGAUCACAGCCCAGGCAAGGAUGGUGCUUGCGACGCCAUGCUUGUUCCAACCUUAUCCAAGGCCUUAGAACAGCCUCCUCCGAGCAACAAGGCCAAUGGCCAGGCCGAUAGCUGGGCUCAAAUGAUGCAGGUUGCUCUUGAGAUUGUGGCCUCGAUUGGAACAGACCUGCAGACCGCACUGGAAAAGGGUAACCGCCCUCAGCCUGGUAGUGCUUCCAAGGACGAAGAGUGGAAUGGGUUCGAAGAAGCCGAGAAGGACGACGACGCUAUGGACGUUGACGAGGGCUCUGGUGACGAUAAGGACGAGGAGGACGACGAAGAGGAUGAGGAAGAGGAGGGCGAUGAGGAAGAGUGUGAUUCAGAUGAUGCAGAGUUCGAUGAAGCCGACCUAGAGAAGGUAACCGGCAUGGAUUCCGAAGACGACAACGAAGACGACCUCGAUGAUCUACCCACCCUUCGCGAACUUAUAAACAAGGCGAUCCCUCAGCUUGUCCGGCUGACCAAUAUUGCUGUGGAUGAUGACAAUAGCAUGGCUAUUCAGGGCCACGCCAUCAGCGCGCUCAACAAUAUUGCUUGGACUAUUUCAUGUAUCGACUUUUCCGACGGUGAAAACGCCAACAUCUGGAAAGCAUGGGUACCCGCCGGAAAGAGAAUCUGGCAGCGGACCAUCUCCCCGAUCCUCGAAGCCGAUAGCGCCGACCUGCAGCUUGCCACUCAAGUGACCAGCCUCGCAUGGGCUGUGGCCCGCAGUCUCAACGGCACCACCCCCCUCGGCAAAAACGAGCACCGCAAGUUCAUGUCUCUUUACCAAGUGUCCAAGGCGCAACAACAAACCACUAUCACCUCUGAUGCAGACGACAAGAAUAAGGAGCAACAAACUCAGGAGGAUCCCUUCCAAGGCCUUGGCGUUAAGUGCAUUGGCGUUCUCGGCGCUCUGGCUCGCGACCCCGCCCCUAUCGAUAUAAACCGCGAAGUUGGUGUCUUCCUGAUGACUCUUCUCGGUAGUGCUGGAGAGUCUGGAGUCCCCCCGGCGGACAUAAUUCAAGCACUAAAUGAAGUGUUCGACAUCUAUGGCGAUGAGGAAUACACGUGCGAUGCCGAAGUAUUCUGGAAGGACGGCUUCUUCAGCCACCUCGAGGAGCUCCAGCCCAAGUUGAAGGCAGUUGCCAAGGGCAUCAACAAGAGGGCCUUUGAGGAGUUGAGGAUAAAGGCCGAUGAGGCACUGAUAAAUCUGGGAAGGUUUGUGCAGUACAAGAAGAAGCACGCGCCCAAGGUGAAGGAGGCGACGCAGUAAAUCUUCGAAACUCUUGUCAUGGAAAAAGUGUCGCAAUUUUCGUCGUUGAAUCUACCAAUAUACGAUAUGGACUCAAAACAGGGCAUGCACAACCUACAAGUUACAAAAGAGCUGAAACAUUUACAAAGAGGGAGAUGAGGACGAGUAGUCAUACAAAGAAAAGAUAACAGGAGGGAAGGGAGAUACCCGACGUACCGUCAAACUUGUCAGCUGAUACUAGAAUAGAAGAUAUGAGAGGGGUGCAAAGCUAGGAAUAGAGAGACGAGUCAAUAUCGAUAACACAACUCACGCUCAUCGCAUGUACGGGACAACAAACCAAUCUUUGAGCGGGAACCUCGACUAUCAGAUGAUGUAGCUGCUAAGAUACCUGAGAAUGCUGAUGC